UAUGUUUCAAAUGUCAGACUAUAGAACGUAGUGAAACUUUCAUUCUCUUUGACGUUUUCUGAUAGAAGAAUUGUUUAACUCCAGAUAUUGACGCAACUUUUGUUUAAAGUUUGAGAGAAUAGAAGUUAUUUUUAUUACUGCAAGUUAAUUUUUGUCCUUCUUAUAUUAAAAUUUAAAAAAAUAAUUAAUUCCUGUUAAAAAAAAUUUCUUGCAAAAUUUGGAGUUCAUAUAGCUAUAAACAGGACAGACUGGCGAUUUAAAAAGUGGAAUUAAGAAAAGGUUUACUUCUUUACUCAAUUAUGGUCAGGGCUCCCAUAACAACCCAGAGAGAUGCAAGGCUUUCACCCCUGCCGCCCGCAGAAUGAACUCUCCCAGUGGCAGUCUAACCUGCAUUUACAAUUUAGUCUUCAUCAUUGUCAUUCUGUCAAGGGGGGUGUUAGGAUCUUGGUGGUUCGUCAGUCAACUGAACAUCAAUGCCAUAGGAGCCGGUGUGGUAGUGUGUGACAACAUCCCGGGUCUCAUAGGGCGCCAGAAGAAGCUAUGUCGUCGCUAUCCUGACGUCAUGGUCUCCCUGGGGGAGGGCGCCAGGCUGGGGGUGGAGGAGUGCCAGUUCCACUUCCGGUACCAUCGCUGGAACUGCAGUACGGUCAACCGGGAUACCUCGUUGUUCGGGAAGGUGAUACUCAAAGGGAGCCGUGAAGCCGCCUUCGUCUACGCCGUCUCGUCCGCCGGGGUGGUCCACGCCAUCACCCGCGCCUGCAGCAAGGGACAACUCUCAGACUGCGCGUGCGACCCCAAGAAGAGGGGUCCGGACCGGGACAAGAGGGGAGGGUUCGAGUGGGGCGGCUGCUCCGACAACGUGGAGUACGGCAGCACGUUCACCCGGAAGUUCAUCGACGCCAAGGAGAGGAAGCAGAGGGACGGGAGGACUUUGAUGAACCUCCACAACAACAGGGCCGGACGUAAGGCCGUGCGAAAGUUCCGGAAACUGGAGUGCAAGUGCCACGGCGUGAGCGGCUCCUGCACAAUCAGGACCUGCUGGCAGGCGAUGCAGGAGUUCCGGCAGGUGGGCGCCCACCUGAAGAACCAGUACAACGGUGCCACCCAGGUGAUGAUGAAGCAGAACGGCGCCAGUCUCACGGUGGCCAACAAGCACCACAAGAAACCCACGCGCUCAGACCUGGUCUAUCUGGAGACAUCCCCGGAUUAUUGUGUGGAGAACACGGAAGUUGGAUCACUCGGCACCGAGGGCCGACCCUGCAACAAAUCCUCCAUGGGCACGGACGGCUGUGACAUCAUGUGCUGUGGGCGUGGCUACCACACCUACAACGUCAAACAGCAGUUCAAGUGUGAGUGCAAGUUCCAUUGGUGCUGCUCGGUCGUCUGCAAGGACUGUGAGCAGGAAGUCGAGCUGCACACGUGCAAGGGCGUGUCCACCCCCGCCAAACUGGACUCCUGAUAGUGGUUUUUGUGGCGGUGGUAGGUGGUAUUCGGUGGACGUUGAUUGGGGGGUUGGUGUUGGUAGAAGGUGGUAUUUGUGUUGACUUUGAUAGUGGUGUAGUGCGUAUGGAAAGUGGUAUUCGGUGGACUUUGAUGCGGGGUUGGUGUUGGUAGAGGGUGGUAUUUGUGUUGACUUUGAUAGUGGUGUAGUGCGUAUGGAAAGUGGUAUUCGGUGGACUUUGAUGCGGGGUUGGUGUUGGUAGAGGGUGGUAUUUGUGUUGACUUUGAUAGUGGUGUAGUGCGUAUGGAAGGUGGUAUUCGGUGGACUUUGAUGGAGGUUUGGUGCUGGUAGAAGGUGGUAUUUGUGUUGACUUUGAUAAUGGUUUAGUCUGGAUGGAAGGCGGUAUUUGGUGGACUAUGAUGGUGGGUUGAUGCUGGUAGAAGAUGGUAUUUGUGUUGACUUUGAUAAUGGUUUAGUCUGGAUGGAAGGUGGUAUUUGGUGGACUAUGAUGGUGGGUUAAUGCUGGAUGAAGGUGGUAUUUGUGUUGACUUUGAUAAUGGUUUAGUCUGGAUGGAAGGUGGUAUUUGAUGGACUAUGAUGGUGGGUUGAUGUUGGUAGAAGGUGGUAUUUGUUUUGACUUUGAUAGUGGUGUAGUGCGGAUGGAAGGUGGUAUUUGGUUGACUCCGGAUAGUAGAAUUGUUCGGGUGGAAAGUGGUAUUUGUGUUGACUUUGAAAAUGGGUUAGUGCGGAUGGAAGGUGGUUUUUAGAAGGAUUCUGGAUACAGUUUUUGUGCGGGCGGUAAGAGGAAUUUUUGUUGGACUCCUAAUGGUGUCGAUGUGCUCGUGUAAUCUGCUAUUUUGUUGACUCCAGAUAGUGGGAUUGUGCGGGUGGAAAGUGGUAUUUUGCGGACUCCGGAUAGUGUUUUUUUAACUGGCGAGUAGUGGUAUGUGAUAGACUCCGGAUAGUGGGAUUGUGCGGGCGGAAAGAGGUAUUUUGCGGACUCCGGAUAGUGUUUUUUUUUAACUGGCGAAUAGUGGUAUGUGAUGGACUCCGGAUAGCGGGAUUGAGUUAUCAAGAUACCGUUAGAUGGAAUUACGAUUCUAGAUAAACGUGUGUUUAAGAUGGCCUCUCUUGGUUUUGAGAAUGUUGAUGUCGUUUGAGUGACAAAUUUUGAUGUUGGUUUCAUGCGUGUUGCAGACGACACGAUUAUGAAAUAUUUUCAACAAGUUUUUAUAAAAACAAAAGGAACAUGGCUACCUCGAUAUGUUUACACUCCGUGGAAAAUUAGCCGGUUAAAUGUGCUCGUGGGAUAAUUAGGUUAAUCGCAUUAAUUUGUUGUAUUAGGUUUUAUAUGCAUCAUUUAGUUGUAUUAUCGUGUUAAGCGCAUCUUUAAAUUGUAUUACAUUUUUACAUGCUUCAAUCUGUUUUGUUAGGGCGUUUCCUGCGUUAUUUUGUUUGUAUUACGAUGUCACAUGCAAAAUUUUGUUUUAUUAGUGUGUUAUAAUAUAUAUUAGGAUGCCCAUGUUAUAUACAUACAAUACAAAAUGAUACCAGUGUAUUAUUGUGUACCACCAUCACUACUAAUUUAAAGCUUAGGGUUAGGGGUUUGUGUAGAGAAAUAAGUGGGUUUUGACAAGAUCCAUCGAAGUAUUACUAAGUUUUGGUUGUUGUUGUUUUUUCAAACGAGCCUCAGAAAGACUUUACAUUAUAGGAAAAUAACUUUUUUCUGGCUUUUUUCCCAAUAGACACGGGUUUCCUAUCUAAAUUGUCCUAUACUAAAAUCUUACUAGAGUUAAUAAAAACGCUUACGUGAAAUUUUUGAAAGUUUAAUUCAUGUUGUGACAUUGCCUAGAUAGUUCGUCAAGACUCUAUGUAUACCUAAC